AUGCUCGCACACGUGCGUUGCACGUGUCUGUGUGUGCGCCAAUUUCCUUCGCUUGAGGCCACCCCAACGUUCUCCCCCCGUGACUCUCUCCCCCCUCCGCGUGUCCCUAUCUGGUUUCGCACAGACACAACUGACGGGCGUGCAAAGGACGCGACCAUCCAUGACCUCCAGUCUCUCCCUUCCACAUCAUCACUGACAGCUCUCCCCCUUUGCCGAUCACGAGAGAGGAGCGAGACAGAGAGCAGCAGCACUGCACAGCAGCUGCGGGAGACUUUCCUUCCCCUCUCUUUAUGUUUGCGCCGCUGCCGCUGGCGGGUGUGUGCAUGCGCAUGUGAUAUGCCGCUCCCUCUUACGUCUUUGGCAGGAGCCAUCGCCUCCCCUUGUGCGGUCGCAGGCAGCACCACCACCGGCACCGCUGUCGCCACGGGUAGCAGCAGCGGCACCGACUGCUACGUCAUUGUAUGGGUCGAGGCCCGAGAACGGCCGGUGUACGCGUGCACUGCGCCUCUUCCCUCCAGUGGGCCCUCGGCGUCGUCGGCCUCGGCCGCUUCUGCCGGCGUCGCCGCCGUUCCAGCGGUGAACGUGGUGACGCUGCGGCGCUUCUUUGCCGCCCUCGUCCUUCUCUCGUCCCCGCGGGCGACGGCGAGGGCGCGGGCAGGCGGGCCUUGUGCGUCGCUGUCUUGCGCCGCCACCUUUACUCGGGAGACCACCCCCGUGCUGCACGCAACCCUUCCGCUGGGCUUGGUGGGCGCCUUCGGCGCGUCGCCGCCGUACUACUACGUCGCUGUGUUGGCCCCAGGCACUGCUGCCGCAGUGGGCAGUCAGCUGCUGGCCUGGCUGGCCUCCAGUGUGCUGGCAGCGCUCCACCCCGACUCGUGGGCAACGGCUGGGUUGCCGACUGGGCGGGCGCGCGGCACGGCGCUUCUGUCGCUUGCCGCUGAUGCACCGGACUUGUGCUCACAGCUUGCUCUGUACGGUGCUGCCGAGGUCGGCAGAGCGCGCGCCGGCGCCGCCGCGAUGGAGGGCUACGGCGUUCGAGAGGUGUUGGCGGACAGUGCCGGUUCGUCUUCCCUAGCUGCGGUGCUCCAGGAGUUCGAGCCAUGCCGUGACUCACCCGUGGCUGUUGCGAUCAGCACCCUCCUCCGAAGGUGUUGGGUGCCCUUCACCAUCUCGCCCGCCACAACCGCAGCCUCCCUGCACAUCUCGCUCGCCGGCUACUUCACACUUCCGCUCCCGUCGUGUCUCCGUGCAAGCAGCUCUGCCGCUUCACCUCUGGCGCCAACCCUCUACGCGUGCUCGGCCGACUGUCGAGAGGCGCUGCGUCUCCUCGCCUCCUUCUGCAGUCGUCGCGCACCGGAUCCCCAGCAAACCAGCAGCGCGGACGCCGCGGCCCUGGCGGUUCUCCCCCUCGGUGGCAGCAGCAGCGGCGGCGGCGGUGCGGUGGCCCUGAUCGCGGCGAGCGUCGGAUGUGUGCACCCAGACACGGUCCUGUACCAGGCGGUGCUUGUCCACGGCGAGCGUCCCUCCCGCGGCGGCGCUGCCAACUGCGCUGCUCCAUAUGUUCACUACUUGACCACCAGGGAGGUCGCGGCCUGCGGAACUCCCUGGCAUCCCGACGCGCUACGCAGCGUGUGGUCAUGA